AUGAAGGAGGAACUACUGUAUUCUCCAAAAAUUUCAAAGGAAAAAGAACUGGAAUUUAUUCGUCAAACUGAUCCAAGGCUUCGCGUCAUUCUCCUUGUGAGAUUGCUCCUCUUAGUGGGCUUCAUCCUCGUGUUGCUGGUCCUGUUUGGUUGUCCGUUUCUUUGGCUAUUUACUUCGCGUUCAUUCAGUAUUGAUACCAAGAAUGGCACCUUUCUGAAGGAUGGGGCACCUUUUCGCUAUGUGUCGGGCAGUCUGCAUUACUUUAGAAUUCCCCAAAUUUACUGGAUGGAUAGGCUUCUCAAGGCCAAGGCUGCCGGAUUAAACGUCAUCCAAAUGUAA